GGGAGGAGGUCGCGGCGGCGGGAAGAUGGCUCCUUCUCCUACCAAACGCAAAGACCGCUCUGAUGAGAAGUCCAAGGAUCGCUCUAAAGAUAAGGGGGCCACCAAGGAGUCAAGCGAGAAGGAUCGUGGCAGGGAUAAAACUCGAAAGAGACGCAGCACUUCCAGUGGUAGCAGCAGCACCAGGUCUCGGUCCAGCUCUACCUCCAGCUCAGGCUCCAGCACCAGCACGGGCUCCAGCAGCGGCUCCAGCUCAUCUUCAGCAUCAAGCCGCUCAGGAAGUUCUAGCACAUCCCGCAGCUCCAGCUCCAGCAGCUCCUCUGGCUCUCCGAGUCCUUCCCGGCGCAGGCAUGACAACAGGCGGCGUUCCCGCUCCAAAUCCAAACCACCCAAAAGAGAUGAAAUGGAAAGGAAAAGGCGGAGCCCUUCCCCUAAACCCACCAAAGUGCACAUUGGAAGGCUCACCAGGAAUGUGACCAAGGAUCAUAUCAUGGAGAUAUUCUCCACCUAUGGGAAAAUUAAAAUGAUUGACAUGCCUGUAGAAAGGAUGCACCCCCAUCUGUCUAAAGGCUAUGCAUAUGUGGAGUUUGAGAAUCCAGAUGAGGCCGAGAAGGCACUGAAGCACAUGGAUGGAGGACAAAUCGAUGGCCAGAUCACUGCCACUGCUGUGCUGGCCCCCUGGCCUCGGCCACCCCCCAGGCGAUUCAGCCCUCCCAGGAGAAUGCUACCACCGCCUCCCAUGUGGUGCAGGUCACCCCCACGGAUGAGGAGAAGGUCACGUUCCCCUCGGCAUAGGUCUCCUGUGCGCCGGCGAUCCCGCUCCCCUGGCCGCCGCCACCACAGGAGCCGCUCCAGCUCCAACUCCUCCCGAUAAGCAGGGCCACCGAAGCUCUGCCCUGUGACUUGUAUCCCAUCCAACUCACUUUUGUCACUUUUCUAGCAAAAGGAGGAUCGGUAGGAAAGAAAUACCUCACUCAGGGGCAGGCUUCGAAGGUGAAGGCAGUAAUUGCUACAUUUCCCUUGGCGGCAGAGUUCCGGCUGCAGAAGUGUUGUUGGUUUGGGGUCGUGCUUAUAAUGAUGCCCUCCAGUUUUCUGGCUAGAAAGCUUCCACAUUUCUAGUUCCUGAGGGUCAGUUUAGUGGCAAAGCCAGCAGGGAUGAGCAGGGGCCUCCAGGUGGUGGUACAGCCCCAGCCUGGGAGCAUGUUUCCCAUUCCACAGA